AAGAUAAAAUAUAAAUUUUUAUUUAGUUGAUGGAUUAUAAAGAUAAAAUAAUGCGUAGAUCUCACGGAGGAAAUUAUUAUGAUCCACUGCCUUCAAGCAGUUCAUAUGGUGGUGAGUUCAUUGAAACUGAAAAUGAUGAUUUAACUGAACAACUAAAAGAUAAGGUGAAUACUUUGAAGUCUCUCUCUAUUGACAUUGGUGCAGAAGUAAAAUACCAGGAUCGCUUACUAAGAGAUAUGGAUCAUGAUUUUGAAACUACUGGAGGAUUUUUGAGUAAUACACUUGGUCGAGUUACAAGACUUACUAGAAAUAGUGGUGGUUAUAAUAUGCUAUAUUUAAUUUUAUUUAGUUUGGCAGUAUUUUUUAUACUAUAUAUAUUUUUGAAACUGAAAUAAAAAUCUGUAAUUUAUUAUAUAUUUAUUGCUAUUAAUUACUGUGAUUGGUUAUUGAAAUUCCAUGUUAUUAAA